GUGGUUAUCGUGAGUUCUACUCACGGUCAGGUCAUGCCAUCAUAAAAAUGGUACCUACUGCUGUCUGGCAAGGCAUGCUGCAAUACAGAUGUGAGUGGGGAGUCAAACUCUCACGGUUACCAGAGGACCAGCUCCCGACUGUAACCCUAGCUAUGUAAUAGGUGAGAGGCUGAGGGCUACGGAAAUGGAGAUCAGCGCCGCCACAGUCAGUGCGUUUACAUGCACAUAGAGAAAAUCGAAUUUCUGCCAUAGCUCGACUGAAAUCGAAGUUCUAAAUGCCAUGGAAACACUUGGCUCGGCUGAAAUCAAACCAAACUGGAUUUCUCGUAAUCGAGCUACGCGACCUAGAUUAUGCGAUUGUAGCCGAGCUACUUGGUGCAUGUAAACCCUAUCGAGCUACGUAGUCGAGCUACUUACUUCAGCACUGCCCCUUCCGGAAGUGACGAGACCACAAGCGGGAAACACAACAGCCUCGGUCGGCAUGACAACAGUAGUAGUAGCGAGCAGCAGAAGAGGUCAGGAGGAACAACAUCUCUCGAUGUUGCUGUCCUCGUCGUCGUUCUUCUUGUGUGGGAAGGACUUUUGAUUUGCUCAUGGCCAGUCAGGAUCCUUUUCCAUCCACAUUUUUUUUUUCCACGAAGUUGAUGGUUCACCACUAUCCUUCCAGGUUUUAAUAAUGUGUUGGACAGUUCUUAACCCAAUUCCAGUCAUUUCAGCAAUCUCCUUAGUUUUCUUUGCUUGAUGUAGGUCAAUAAUUUGAUCCUUCUGAAACACAGUAACAUCUUUUUUCCAUGAGCACGGGAUAUGUCUUUCGACAUGUUUGUUUAAGAAAUGAGAAGCUACUCACUGCAUCAGUUAGGGUUAAAAGAAUUGUUGCCAGUUGAAGCACAUUAAUCACUGCAGUAAUUAUCCAAUCAAAGGCUCUUAUGUAUUGCUUAUUUAAAUCCAAAUGUCGACUUUUUUUUUUUUUUUUUUUUUUGCUGGGCAGACGGAAAGAUGCAAUUUAGCUAUAGACACCAGAAAAAAAAAACCCAGACAAUUACUAUUUUCAGCUAUGUAUGUACAUUUUUUUUUAAAUACUCUUUCUCUGUCAGACAUAGACUUUGCCACACGCAAGAUCGCUGUACAUCUCUCACAGACAAAGGUUUUUGUACAAAAUGGAGAUAAAUUUGAGACCAAGACUCUCAGCACAUUCAGAAAUUACGAGGUGAACUUCACUGUUGGAGAGGAGUUUGAGGAGCGCACUAAGGGCCUGGACAACAGAGUGGUCAAGACACUCGUCACCUGGGAUGGUGAUAAGCUUGUGUGUGUGCAAAAAGGGGAGAAGGAGAAUCGAGGCUGGAAGCACUGGAUCGAGGGAGACCUGCUGCAUCUGAUGGACUGGUUUGAGUAUUUCAGAAACUGCUGAUCUCCUGGGAUUUUCACACACAACAGUCUCUAGAGUUUGCACAGAAUGGUGCGAAAAACAAAAAACACUGAGUGAGCGACAGUUCUGUGGGUGGAAACAAAUGCCUUGUUGAUAAGAGAGGUCAGAGGAAAAUGGCCAGAUUGGUUCAGGCUGAAUAUAAUCACUCUUUAUAACUGUGGUGAGCAGAAAAGCAUCUCAGCAUGCAACAGCAGACAGAAGACCACAUUGGGUUCCACUCCUGCAACCAAGAAUUGUCAGGUUAGUUGGUUGGUGUAUGU